AUGGGUUCUAUAAGCUUGUUAGAGAAGCCUCAUGUAGUUUGCAUACCAUUUCCAGCACAAGGACACAUUAAUCCCAUGUUGAAACUAGCCAAACUCCUUCAUCAAAAAGGUUUUCAUGUCACUUUUGUUAACACGGAGUUCAACCAUGGACGUCUCCUCAAAUCUAGAGGUCCCGACUCACUCAAAGGCCUCUCGUCCUUUAGGUUUGAGACGAUUCCCGAUGGCCUUCCUAUAUCGGAUGCUGAUGCUACACAAGAUAUCCCCUCCUUGUGUGAAUCCACUACCAAUACUUGCUUAGCUCCAUUUAAGGACCUCCUUGCUAGACUAAACGAUACGGUUUCGUCAAAUGUACCACCGGUUUCAUGCAUUAUUUCUGAUGGAGUUAUGAGCUUCACUCUUGAAGCUGCGGAAGAAUUAGGCAUCCCUGAAGUUCUCUUUUGGACUACCAGUGCAUGUGGCUUCUUGGCCUACACGCAGUAUGCCAAGCUCAUCGAGAAGGGAUAUGCACCCCUUAAAGAUGCAAGUUACUUGACCAACGGAUACUUGGAUACAAUUAUAGCAGAUGAGAUUCCGGGCAUGGAAGGCAUACGUUUGAAAGAUAUUCCAAGCUUCAUAAGAACCACGAGCCUAGACGAAUAUAUGGUUUUCACCAAUAAAUAUAUUCCAGAAAAAAAGCAUACAAUAAAGGUCAUUGAACAAAAUUUGGAAGGGACGAAAAUCAUCUUCAUUCACUGCGCCAGUUGA